AUGCAGGAGGGCUGGCCGUGCCGGUCCAUGAAGGCAUUUGUCCAGGGCUUUCUCUCUGCGCCCUGGCAUAGGGCGCCUGCUGUGCAGCGCCUGGCAUUGGAAUUGUCACUCAACGGAGCCGGCGAAGCCGUGGCAGAGCUUCUCAACGCGCUGCCGGCAUUGCGCUCCCUGCAGCUGGGGCCAAGCUGCAGUCUCGAUGCAGAUGUCCUGGCAUCGCUGGCGUCAGCGCAGGCCCUUGCACAGCUCACCUGCCUGGAGUUUGAGGGCGCCAGGGCAGAGACGUGGAGUUUGGCACCGCUGGUGUCCAGUGCCCGACAGCUCCAAGUACUGGACCUGAGCGACUCGGACUUCGGGGAUGCGGAUGCCCAGCAGCUGGCAGCCGCAAGUCUGGGGCCCUUGCUGCUUUCCCGCCUGGCCUUCAGGCGCUGCCGCUUGCGCACGCCUGCUGGUGCUGUGGCCGUGGCGAGGAUCCUGAACAGCUUCGGCAAGGUGCGGCACUUCAGCAUUCAGGCCAACGCCUGGCGCGCGGAGGCGCACCGCGCCUUUGCGGAGCAGCUCGCGGCCCCCGCGGCAGAGGGCCUGCUUUCACUGCAAGCUGGCUAUGGGGCCCAGCCCGUGCCAGAGGCCUUCUCCGAGCAAGGCAGGCGCCUGCACUUCCUCUCGCACUUCGGCGUCGGGCUUUGGCUCUCCGCGGUGCUGUUGCGCUUGGAGCGGUUGCAGGAGUUGAGGCUGGAGAGGUUGCCGGUGGGAGUCGUGACCUUCCAAAUCCUGCGGCGGCGUUUGAGGGAGCCGUUAGCAUUGCAGACGUUGAUCCUCUGGGGCUGCACUGGGCUUACGGAAUGGCAGGCCGGCAGGGAGCUCGCCGGGUUCCUGACCAACUGUCCGCACUUGGAACGCUUGGAUUUGGCCCAGUCCGACGCAACAGAGGCCUUCCUGCGGGAAAUCGAUUCCUUUCGGGACGCAUGUCCCGGUGACAAAAGGUGUGAGAGCUUGCUGCAAGCCAUCGACGUGGUGGAGGAGCGCCUGGUGAUGCCCAAGCUGCCACCACAGCUCAAGCAGCAGCUCUUCAAGACCCCGAAGCUUCGACAGCACCUGGCGAUGGCCUCAAGUCCCAGAGUCGAGAGAGAGAGCGAGCUCGAGGCCACGCAGGCGCAGAGUCUGCUGGAUCUGGCGGAGCUCUCCGGGCCGGACUCGGCAGGUGCAAACAACUAG